AUGGCUCUGACUUGCACCUGGCUGACCGUGGUGGUGAUGGUGGCAGCUUUGGCCAGCGCAGGCCCUGUCCCCACCUCCAAGCCCAUCACAAACAGGAGGAACUGCCGCAUGAGCAGGUUCCAAUCUCUGUCGCCGAGGGAGCUGGAUGCCUUCAGGAAGGCCAGGAACGCCUUGGAAGAAUCGCUGUCCACCAAGAACCGGAGCUGCGCCUCUCACCCCUUCCCCAAGACCAGGGCCCUGAGGCACCUGCAGGUGUGGGAGCGCCCUGUGGCCCUGGAGGCCGAGCUGGACCUGACGCUGAAAGUCCUGGGGGCCCUGACCAACACAUCCCUGGGGGCCGUCCUGGACCGGCCUCUUCACACCUUGCAUCGCAUCCACACUGAGCUCCAGGCUUGUGUCCCGGCUCCACCCACAGCAAGCCCCAGGCCCCAGGGCCGCCUCCAGCACUGGCUGCACCGGCUCCAGGAGGCCUGGAAGAAGGAGUCCCAGAGCUGCCUGGAAACCUCUGUCAUGUACAACCUCUUCCGCCUCCUCACACAGGACCUGAAAUAUGUUACCAGUGGACACCUGCGGGUGUGA